GGCGAUGUACCUAGCAUGGUUGCCAGUGCUUUUCUUCUCAUGACCAACAGUGUUCAUGCUUACAAGAUAUUUCUAAUUCUAGGGAAUCAGAAGCGAAUCCAAAGACUUCUGGAUACCAUGACGAGUGAUAAUUUUUGCAAGGAUUUUGACAAAUUCGAGAGGAUCUUCACGUGGUAUGCCUGGCAGGGCAUGUACCACCACAUGAGGUACCAGAGCUUUGGUACAAUGGCGGUCUUCUGCUGGGGUUUUACCCCCAUAGCCGAUGCUAUCUCGGGUCAUGCCAGGAGAUUACCCAUGGAGGCGUGGUAUCCAUAUGACACCAAAGCAACACCAGCUUUCCAACUCACUUGCGCCCAUCAGAGUCUCGCCGUUAUCCUCGGGUGCUUCCACAACAUCUCCAUGGACACCUUGAUCACGGGAUUGAUCAAUGUCGCGUGCUGUCAGCUGGAGGUUGUCAAGAGGAAUCUUCUGGAGUUAGAUGUGAAGACCGGCUCCAGGGAAUCUGGGGAGAUGAAACUCAGGGAAGAGUUGCAUAGAUGUAUUCAGCACAGUGUUGAUGUAAUGGGGUUCAUCGAGGAAGUGAGGAAUAUUUUUGGAAAUGUCAUCCUGGCGCAGCUUCUCGUCAACUGCAUCAUCAUAUGUCUCACUGCUUUUCACGUAACUCAGAUGACGGUCUUUGUUCCCGUGGAGACUCUCGGCAUGAUGACGUACAUGUGCUGCAUGACGUACCAGAUAUUCAUCUACUGCUGGCAUGGCAACGAACUCACUCUCCAGAGCCAGAGUUUAUCAUCAACGGCUUUCGCCAGCAACUGGUGGAAAUUCAAUAAAAAAUUGAACAACGACCUGAGAAUACUCAUCACGCGGUCCCAUAAACCAAUUAUUUUCACAGCUGGACCCAUCAUGAAGCUGUCAUUGCAGACAUUCGUAGGCGUCAGUGCAAUUUCUUACUUGAUAAUAAAUCUUCAGAUAAUGUUCACCUGGAGGAAAAAUUCACUGUGUGUUGUGAUUGUUCUGCUGCUGGAGCAUCACCAAGGGAGAGGAGAGUGCGAUGCAGACAUCCCUGGGGACAUGGAAGUGGAGACCUAUCGCAGUGGAUUGGAGCGACUCAUUCAGGGAUUUGGGGGAAUUUUCAGAGGUGUUUCUGGUGACGAUGGAGGCACUGGUCCGGACACCUUCGGCUCCCUCCUGGACAAAUUCAAAAUACAGGUUCAAGCCAUUUUUCCAGGUACUCUUUGGUGCGGAACCGGUGAUAUCGCCCCUAAUUCCAGUUACUUGGGCCCUUUUGAAAUUACUGACGCCUGCUGCAGGAGUCAUGAUGAAUGUGCUACUAUUAUUGCGACCGGUGAUAGUUACGGGCCUUUGAGGAAUAAUGGAAUAUUCACCAGGUCUGCAUGUGGCUGUGAUCACGCAUUCUUCCAGUGCCUGAAAAGAGCCAACACCAUAAUAUCCAGUAGCAUCGGGAAUACAUACUUCAAUAUUCUGAGGCCGCAAUGUUUUACGUGUGAUUAUCCGAUAAUCGGAUGUGCCCAGAGAGACAGCAAACAAAUAUUCGAGAAGAAAUGUCUGGUGUACGACCUAGACUCAUCGGAGCCAAAACGUCUCCAAUGGUUCGACAACCCAAAUUACUAGGAUAUCUUAUUUUCUAAAUUGCUGUUUAUUACAAGACUCAAUAAAUUUAUAAGAAAAAAAAUGAAAAACUUGAUAAUUAUCA